UUCGUCUGUCUCUUGUCGGAGAAGAAUGUCGCUGAUGGAUAAUCUGCUAGGUAUCCUCCGCGUUCGCGUCAAACGCGGCGUCAACCUCGCCGUCCGUGACGUUUCCAGCAGCGAUCCUUACGUCGUUCUCAAGCUUGGCCGUCAGAAACUCAAAACCAAAGUGGUGAAGAAAAACGUAAACCCACAAUGGGAAGAAGACUUGACCUUCACGGUCACCGACCCGAACCUCCCGCUCAAUCUGGUUAACUAUUUCUUAAAUUUAACUAUAACAUUUUCUAAACCGGACCGGUUGACAAACUUUUAUAAUCAUCUCUGGUUUGAAUUAAAACAGGUUGUGUACGACCAUGACUUAUUUAGCAAGGAUGAUAAAAUGGGAGACGCAGAGAUCGAUUUGAAACCCUACAUUGAAGCUCUACGAAUGGAGCUAUCCGGUUUACCAGACGGAACCAUCAUAUCGACGAUCCAUCCGAACCGCAGCAACUGUUUAGCCGAGGAAAGCUACAUACGGUGGAGCAAUGACCGAAUCGUUCAGAGCGUUUGUCUCCGUCUACGUAACGUGGAGCGUGGUGAAGUUGAAAUCGAACUUCAGUGGAUUGAUCUCCCUGGAUCUAAAGGCUUGUGAAAGAAAAAUUAUAACACUUAUCUUAUUGGGCUUGGCCCAUUAUAUUACACAAUCCGAGGCCUUCGAAGAUGACGGUUCGGUUUGGUGAUAUAUUUUAACAACAAACAGUUUUAAAUAAUAAUUAAUAUUUUAAUUAUGUGUGUGUGUG